AUGAAAAUAGAUUUCGCGUACCUCUGUGGUUGGAACCAACUUGUUAUGGAUAUGUGUGGAUUUUGGCCCAAGCAUCAUUCAAAUUUCAUUCGCAAGAACUGGUACCUGAUAACUGCUAGUGUGAUCACGAUUGUUAUAAUCAUACCACGAUUCGCUGCAAUAUCUUUAUUCUGGAAUGAGAUCGAUGCAGUCGUCCAAUGCUUCUCGACUCAAUUAGUAUUCAUCACCAUGGUCUUUAAACUGUUGGUCCUGCAUUUCCAAAAUGAAGUUCUAAUUGAGUUGCUGACAACAAUGGAAGAAGAUUUUUCAAAAGAACUAACCAAGAUACAGCACACAGCAGUACUUAGAACUGCGAAAAUUGGCCGGAUAAUUUCCAUUUUUUUAAUCACCAGCAGCCUCUGUAAUGUCAUCGCUGGUGUCAUCGCGAUGAAAUUGUAUCAUUUGGACAGUCUUUACCUAAAAAAUCCUGAUCCCCGGUUAUCACUGGAUUUUUUUUGGGUAUCGUAUUUUCCAUUCAGUACGAAAAACAUCAUCAUUUAUAUACUUGUAAUGUCACUUCAAUUUUUUGCGUCUGCAAUCACUGGUUUCUACUUCAUCUUCGAUGGUUUCGUUGUAAUGCUUAUUCUCCAUAUUUGUGGACAACUUGAACUCAUCCAAAUAUCGCUGAAAUAUUUGGAUGAGGCUGUCACUGUGACUGAAGGGAGAAACUUACGGAUAGCGUUUGCAAGUAUUAUGGAACAACAUCAAAGAGCCCAUCGAUUUGUCAACAAUCUUGAACAAUCGUUCAAUUUGACGUGGUUUCUUGAACUGACCACCUGCACGCUGACCCUCUGCUUCCUGGGAUACAUAGUCCAAAAGCUUCUGCAUACAGACCAGUCAAGUAUCUUCCAAAUGGGUUUUCCAAUCUGCGCGGUACUUAGUGUCCUGAUGAAGUUUUUCCUCAACUGUUGGGCUGGCGAAUACCUCAUAUCACAGAGUUCGGAAAUUGGAUAUGCAUUCUAUCAAGCUGAAUGGUAUAAACUAUCGCCUGCUGAUGCCCGCUUACUGAUGAUGUUUGGUCAUAAGAAGACCCGCCCAUUCGCACUGAGUACGGCAAAAUUCUCAAUUUUAUCGCUCAGGCUCUUUGUCCAGGUAUUGAAAACUUCGGCGAGCUAUCUAUCAAUGCUGCUAGUAGUAGCGGAUCAACCAGACAAAUAG